AUGACGACAGAAACAGAUGAAUUGGCAGCAGUUUUCAGCAAUCCUAGUCGGAAGUCAUUGCACAAGAGAAACUCUGAGGAUGAAAUUCUGGGGAAACAGAAAAUAAGGGCCACUGGUAAAAGUUUCUACGAAGAAGACGUGUCCUCUACGGUCGAGGCGUCAGUUGACGAAUAUGUUGAAGAGCAAAGUCGUUGGAAAAAAUUUUACAGUAAGUGGAUUAUUGUGGAUCCAUCGGUAGCUGAUGUUUCGCUGACUGAGUCGUUUCUGUAUAAUCAUGACCUGAAGCCGGUAGAAGAAAAAAGACGGGUUUGGUCAUGGUUCAAUUUUGCAUAUUUCUGGCUGGCCGACUGUUUCAAUAUCAACACUUGGCAGAUUGCUGCGACGGGCAUGCAAAUGGGUUUGAACUGGUGGCAGUGCUGGAUAACUGUUUGGAUUGGGUAUGGGCUUGUCGGCGUCUUUGUCGUUGCGGCUUCCAGAUGCGGCGCUGCCUACCAUGUUUCUUUUCCCAUUAGCGUGAGAGCUUCAUUUGGUAUUUUCUUCUCGAUGUGGCCUAUAAUUAACCGUGUUGUCAUGGCUAUUGUGUGGUAUGCCGUCCAGGCAUACCUGGGGGGUUCCACGGUGUCUUUGAUGCUGAAGUCCAUCUUCGGGAACGACCUGAACGAGAGGAUUCCUAACCAUUUUGGCUCACCCAACGCAACGACAUUUGAGUUCAUGUGUUUUUUCCUCUUUUGGGUUGGGAGUAUACCGUUUUUAUUGGUUGCACCACACAAAAUUAGACAUCUUUUCACGGUGAAGGCAGCUUUGGUUCCCAUUGCUGCCUUUGGGUUUCUGAUAUGGGCAGUGAAGAAAUCACACGGUAAAAUUGCAUUGGGCUCGUUGAAUGGUACGGCGCCUCAUGGCUCUGAAUUUUCUUGGAUCUUCGUCAGGUCCAUCAUUGGAUGCAUCGCCAAUUUCGCCACUUUAAUCGUGAACGCUCCGGAUUUUGCGAGAUUCUCCAAGACUCCUGCUUCUUCUUUAUGGACUCAGCUCAUCGGUAUUCCGUUCCUAUUUUCUAUAACCUGUCUGGUUGGCAUCAUUGUCACUGCAGCUGGGUAUGAAUUAUACGGAGUUAAUUACUGGUCUCCAAUUGACGUGCUGGCGCGUUUCUUGGAUAGUUCUUUCACACCCGGGACAAGGGCGGGUGUUUUUUUAAUUGCAUUUGUAUUCACACUUGCACAGCUCGGUACCAAUAUAUCAGCGAAUUCACUGUCAUGUGGAACCGAUAUGACCGCUUUAUUUCCUAGAUUUGUUAACAUACGCCGUGGGUCUCUGUUUUGUGCUAUGAUUGCGCUGUGUAUCUGCCCAUGGAACUUACUGGCAACUUCCAACAAAUUCACUAUGGCAUUAUCCGCGUACGCCAUCUUUUUGUCGAGCAUAGCCGGUAUAAUCGCUGCCGAUUAUUUCGUUGUCAGAAGAGGUUACAUUAAGCUGUCUCAUCUUUACUCCAACAAGAAAGGCUCUUUUUACAUGUUCAACAAUCGGUUCGGUAUAAAUUGGAGGGCCGCGGUGGCGUAUAUCUGCGGUGUCGCUCCUAAUUUGCCGGGCUUUAUUGGAACGGUCGGGGCACCACAAAUCACUGUCUCGCAAGGCGCCUUAAACCUUUACUAUUUGAGCUAUUGGGUAGGAUAUUUUAUCAGCUUUUUGGUUUACAUUGUUUUGUGCUACAUUUCCCCGAUCCCUGGUACUCCCGUCGAGAACAUUAUUCGUGACAAGGGCUGGUUCCAACGAUUUGUUGAUGUUGAAGAUUUCGAAACGGAAUGGAGAAGUGACAUGAAGAAACCCGAUCUGGAAGACGAUUUUGUUGACGUCUAUGAGUACGGAAAUGGAAAAACUUGUUUAUAA